AUGCUCGCAAACCUCCGCAACGUCUCACGCGCGUCGUCCGUGUCGGCACACUUUCGGCGGCACGCCUCCACCGGCACUCGGAAGCACAAGAUCGUCGUCGUCGGCGGUGGGGCAGGAGGUCUCUCCAGCGCCGCAAUGCUCCUCCGGAAGGGCGGUCUGUCGGCAGACGUUGCUGUGGUGGAGCCGUCCAGCAGCCAUUUUUACCAGCCUUUGUGGACGCUUGUCGGAGGCGGCAUCAAAGAGGCGGAGGAGUCUCGCCGGGACAUGGCCAGCGUCAUGCCGAAGGAUGCGACAUGGAUCCAAUCGGCCGCAAAGACUAUCGCGCUCGAGGGCAUCCGAAAGGAGCGCGGCGUCGAGACGUCCUUCAAGCACGAGCUAAUCAAGGUGGACGGGCCGAACAAGGUGGCCACCUUCCAGACGGACGAGGGCCCGGUCGAGCGCAGCUACGACCUGCUGCACGUAGUUCCCCUCAUGGGUGCGCACGACUGGAUCAAGGGGUCGAAGAUUGCCGACCCCGACACUGGGUACGUGACCGUCGACAAGGACACGCUGCAGCACACCGCCUACCCAAACGUCUUUGCGAUCGGCGACUGCUCCAACACGCCCAACUCCAAGACGGCCGCCGCCGCGCCCGUUGUGGUGCACAAUAUGCGCCGUGUGAUGGCGGGGAAGGCGCCCAAUGCGACCUACGACGGGUAUGCAUCGUGCCCCAUCGUGACGGGUCGGGGCAAGCUGAUCCUUGCCGAGUUCAAGUACGGGAACGAGCUCGCCGAGUCGCAGAGCUGGUACCUGGACCAGGGCAAGGAACAGCUCCCCUUCUUCUACUUGAAGAAGUACGUGUUUCCGAACUUUAUGCUGCCCGGCCGCUGGUAUGGCACGCGCACCAUUUUCGAGCCCUCCUUCCCCGACCCCGCCUGA